AUGGUGUGGCACGUCAGCCUCGCACUCCCGGCUGCCCAACGUAUGGCGACUGCCCAGACGGCAUCGUCGUCAAGGCACCAAUCGAGCGCAUCACGCCUCGAUCGAUCCCCUGGUGGACCCUCUGGCAAUAUCAGUAGCCCUCGUAGCAGCGCAGCCUCGCACGGCCGAGCCCUAGGAGCAAUGGGACGCGGAGGUGAUGAUGACUUGUCGCGAGGGACAAAAAGGAGGAUUGAAGAGGAUGAUAGAGAGGAAGGCUACUCAUCGCCGGCAUACAGCUCAGUGCGCAACGACAAGGGCCCGCCCUCCUCGUACAGCCGCAAUGGCGGUGGAGGCCCUGCCGUAACACCCACCUACGCAUCACCUCGUACGCAGCUGCCUUCAUUCAACAGCCUGUCCUCGCGCCCUUCGCACGACGAUUUGGCAAGCAAGAAGCGCAGAGGAGAAGAAGGAGGAGGAGGAGCAGGAUACCCAGACGGCGCUGGUAGCAUGACCAGGUCGCCUUACCCCGCCUACUCGCGCGAGCCAUACCCAGAAGACGAUCGAUACGCGCGUCGAGCAGGUCCGCCUGCCCCGCUUGCUCCACCGCCGCACCGCAGCAAUGGAGGCGCCUCUCCCGGAGCUGCGCCUACCUCGGCAUCGCUGUCUUACGCCUCCCAACAACGCUCGCCGGAUUACUAUCGCAGCGACGACGGCUACGAUGGCAAUGUGCCCCUCGCCCGCCGACGAGGAGACGCGGCGCAGGCAAAGGCAAAGAAGUUGCACAUUGACGUUGAGUCGGCCUCAUCCGAUCGAACAGAGUACGACAUCCGACCGGUAGAACGUGGCAACGGCGGCUCGCACCAGCUCCAUCCCCACCACGCCCAUGCCCAGCACGCGCCACGUUUCGGCCUUCCCCCACCACCUGAGGGCGGUUUGGUAGCAAGGAGUGCUCCGCCUACGCGUCUCCACUUCUCGGACAGAGCAGGCGAAGACCCGCGCGCCGACUUCGAUGCCAGGCGAGGACUGGACGUGCCUCAUCGUGUGGCUGCCCCCCCUGGAGGGCCGUACGGGCCUGCUCCGCCUGCUCUGGCGCCUCCUCCCGGAGCUGGAUACGCCGCCGGAGGAGCGUAUGGCAGCAGUGGGGUGCGACCCCUUGCGGCGCUUUCCUCGAUGAGCAGGGGUGCUGCAGGUGAAGCUCACGUUGGCAGUUCACCUCCUCGUCAUGCAGAGAGGGAUGGAGCUGCUCCGCCAUUGCCCUCGUCUGUGUCGAGGAGUGGAGGACCUCCACAGCAUGGACGCGACCCUGGACCAGGCCCUACACCCCUUACGGCUCGCUUUGUACCACAGACGGCGAACCUCCCCUCCCCUGCCUACCAUACGACGCGCUUUGUCCAAUCUACCACUGCGGGUCAACCAGCUGGAGGAGCGCCGGCACCAUCCGCCGCUCCGGGGGGCGCUGCACCACCACGCACGGCUGGUCUCCCGCCCAGUUCUUCCGCCUACCCACCUCAGACGGCCCGCCCACUCGUUGCAGAUGCUCAACACCCCACUUCCUCGGGCAAGGCGCAAUUCCUGUCACUCUUUUCGAGCUUCUACGAUUCGCUCUCCGACUCGCGCACGCUCAAGGCUACGCUCGAGGACCAGGUGCGGCGCAGUAACACUUUGCUUCAGACGUUGCAGCGCAGCAGUCGUGUGCUUGAAGCGACGGUCGAUCGAAAGAUCCGAGAGGAGAGGGCUAUUUGGGAGGAGAGGGUGAAAAGGUUGGAGGGACGAGUGAGGGUGCUUGAAGGUGGGCCAGAGGAAGAGGACGAGGUGACGCGAGACGAGCUCAUGGGAGAAGCGAGGGAAAAGGGGGCGGAAGACCAUGAGGCCAAGCUUGCGGGAGAGAAGGCAGAGGCUAGGGCCGCGAGCGAAGAGGUUGAGGAGGAAGCCGUUUCUGUCGAAGCUGCUACCGCCGCUGCUGAGGAGGCGGCAGAUGAAGAAGAGGACGAGGUGGGCGACGAUGAGGAUGACUCAAAGGGCACGGUCGACAUGGAGACUGAUGCCAAGUCUGACACGCCGGCAAAGGGCAAGACAAGCAGUAGCAAGGCAGCCGGCGGGAGGCGAAAGAAGAAGUAA